AGAAAACCAUGAAACGGACAAGGGUGGGAGGAAAUCUCCUGCCGGACGGAAGAGGGUGUGAAAGUGUGAUGGCCUCACCGUACAAUCCCCACCGGCGGCAGCUGGGCGGGGGGCAGUCCGCCUGGCCGGAUCUCCCGCCGGAGCUCCUGGAGAGCGUCCUAGGGCGGCUCGCCCCGCUCGACCGUGUCGCCGUCCGCCUCGUCUGCUCCUCUUGGCGCUCGUGCGCGCGAGCUUCGAUCUCGGCUGACCUCCCCUUCGAGGCCCCGCGCCUCCUGCUCCGGCGCCCCGGCUCCUGCGGCGGCCUCGCCUUCUUCAGCCUCCACCGCCGCGAGAUCCUGCCUUUCGCCCUCCCCGACCGCCUCAGCUCCGGCCGGUGCUGCGGCCAGAUCGGCGGCUGGCUCGCCAUGGCCUUCGACGAGGAGCGGGCGAUCGAGCUCCGCAACCUCUUCUCCGGCCAAUCCGUGCCCCUGCCGCGGUCCCCCGUGUUCCCGGUGGCCAAGAUCGUGCUGUCCGCGCCGCCCACCUCGCUUGGCUGGGUGGCCGCCGUGCUGGGCCGCGCCGGCACGGUGGCGCUGCUCCAGCCGGACGUGUCUGGCGGCGCCUGGAUCACGAUCGCCGCCGGGGGGCCGCACGGCGGGUUCCGGGACGUGGCGUUGUGGCGGGGGCGGCUGUGCGCGCUGGGCGACGACGGCACGGUCCUGGCGUACCGUGUCGACCUCCGCGCGCGCGUGGCGGCCGUGUCGGAGCUGCGCGGGAAGGACGCCAACCCUCUGAACCGGCUGGAGCGGCGGGUGCGGUACCUGCUGGAGUCGGACGGGGAGCUCCUGCUGGUGAAGAAGCUGUACAGCGUGGUGCGGGACUCGGCGGACGUGGAGGUGGAGGUGAGCCGGUUCCGGCCGGAGGGGUGCAAGUGGGAGUCGGUGACGGAGCUCCCCGGGAGGGCGGUGUUCCUGGGGUCGGUGGCGUCGGCGGCGGCGCCGGCGACGGCGGGGGUCCGGGAGAACUGCGUCUACUUCGCGCGGCGGGACGUGGAGCUGAUGGUGCCGCACGCCAUCGGCGUGUACUCGCUGGGGGACCGGGAGACGGCGGUGGUGGCCAUCGCGGGCGGGCACUCCGUGGAGGUGGAGCCCGUGUGGAUCCUCCCCUCGGUCGCCUGAUCUGACCGACUCCACGCACCCACCGGCGUUCAAGAACAAAUAAACCGAGCCCAUGAGUUUUAGAACGCUUUAUUCGGAUGUUUUGGAACUGUGGAUUGCUGUGCGUGUUGUUUUCUCUGCUUUGUUCAUGGGGUUAAUUGGCGAUUUGGGUUUCUACUAGAGAGGCAAAGACCGAUCUGUCUGAAUUGCUGUGCAUGUUCUUCUCUUUGCCUUGUUCAGUUCAUCAGAAGUUCAGAAAGUGCCGGUAUCUGCAGUUCAUGAGA